UGAUUAGUGAUUAAUACUUAUCUCUGAUUUAAGCUAUGAAAAUUUUGAAUAUUUUCUUAAUCCUAAUUUAACUAUGAGUGUAGUAUUGCUCUGCGGGCGUACUGCUCAAAAUCCCAAAUUGAGUUAAAUUUGAUUAAAAAAUAUCCCAUUUCUAUACGGACAUGGAUGUAAUACACACCUAUAAAAAGGGAUACUUAUUCCCCAUUCCAUCAUCCCCUCAACCCACAGCCCUCUUCAAUCUCCAUAUAAUCUUAGACUCGAACAAUACUUGAUAGAUUGUAGUUUGGUAGUAGACAACGUAGAAGAUCAGAUAUUCCAAAUUCGUAACAAUGGUUGCCCAAAUGAUGUCUUUAGAGAAGGGUAAUGGAUAUGAUGUUCCGGCAAAACUCACUGGACAAGUAAUAAUCUGCUCAAUCAUAGCUGCCUUUGCUGGUUUAAUGUUUGGCUAUGAUAUUGGAAUUUCUGGUGGAGUGACUUCAAUGGAUGAAUUUUUGAAAAAAUUCUUUCCUGCAGUGUACGUAAAGAAACACAUGGUUCAUGAAGAUAAUUAUUGCAAAUAUGACAAUCAGAAGCUUCAACUUUUCACAUCUUCACUCUACCUUGCUGCUAUCGUCGCCAGUUUCUUUGCUUCUCAUUGUUGCAAGCGGUACGGUAGGAAACUAACCAUUCAACUCGCUUCUAUCUUUUUCAUCAUCGGAGUUGUUCUCAACACCACAGCCGUUAAUCUUAUGAUGCUCAUCUUCGGACGCCUCUUUCUCGGUGCUGGUGUCGGUUUUGGCAACCAGGCAGUGCCACUAUUCAUAUCAGAAAUUGCUCCUUCAAACAAAAGAGGACUUCUCAAUGUUCUUUUUCAAUUCUUGAUCACAAUAGGCAUUUUCUUUGCCAAUAUUGUCAACUAUUUAUCUUCUAAGUAUAUACGCUCCAAUGGCUGGAGGGUAUCUCUCGGUGUAGCUGCAAUUCCUUCCAUUUUUCUAGCUUUGGGUUCUCUGAUAAUCGUCGAGACUCCUACCAGUUUGAUUGAACGGGGGAAGAAUGAGGAAGGUUUGCGAGCGCUAAAGAAGAUUAGGGGCAUGGAAAACGUAGAGAAAGAGUACAACCACAUUUUACGCUCCACUGAGAUGGCUAAAAAGAUCAAAACCCCAUUUAGAAACCUAUUUAAGCGUUCUAGUUGGCCACAACUUUUGUGUGGCACCAUUCUUCAGGUAUUUCAGCAGUUGACCGGCAUUAACGUUGUCAUGUUCUACGCUCCUGUGUUGUUCCAAACAAUGGGGUUAGGAGCAAAUGCAUCUCUAUUGUCUACUCUUAUCACUGGAUCAGUUAAUUCACUUUCCACAGUUGUGGCAAUCUUUGGUGCUGAUUAUUUUGGCAGAAGAGUGUUACUGAUUGAAGGUGCCAUUCAAAUGCUUGCAGCCCAGGGUGUGGUAGGGGGAAUUCUCGCAGCAUAUCUCAAAGCUACAAAUAUGAUACCAAAGUUUGCGGCAGUAAUUGUGUUGGUGAUGAUUUGUGUGUUUGUUAUGGGUUUCGCUUGGUCUUGGGGUCCAUUAGGAUGGUUGGUUGCUAGUGAAAUAUAUCCACUGGAGACUAGAACGGCAGGAUUUUUCUUCGCGGUUAGCACCAAUAUGAUAUUCACUUUUAUUGUGGCGCAAGCUUUUCUUUCCAUGCUUUGCACAAUGAAAUCUGCCAUCUUCUUCAUGUUUGCUUCCUUCGUUUUGGUUAUGGGGUUGUUUGUUGUGUUCUUGCUGCCUGAAACCAAGGGAAUCCCCAUUGAUGAGAUGAACGAAAGAGUGUGGAAGAAACACUGGUUGUGGAAGAGAUGCUUUGAUGAGAAGGAGGAUGCCAACACUGAUUCAGUUAAUUAAGUGUCAGUUUAGAAAGUUUGAAACUCAAUAUCUCUUUUCAUUGUUUUUAUAGGAAUUU